AUGAAGGCAGAUGAUAGGAGUGAGAGUAGCUAUGUUCCAUUGUUUGCGACGGAAAGACCCAGAGGAAGGGUCAUCAUCUACAGGCUCUUCUGCGUCUCGUUAUUCGCCGGAAUAUUUUUUAUCUGGGUUUACAGAUUCUCUCACUUGUUCAUCCAUGGCGGUCGUCAACAUGAAGAAGAAGAAGAUGAUGAUGAAGGUGAGAAGAAAUGUUAUUGGGUUUUAUGGGUUGCUCUGUUUGGUGCAGAGCUAUGGUUCGGCUUCUACUGGAUCCUCACCCAAUCUCUCCGAUGGAAUCUUGUCUUCAGACUUCCCUUCAACAACCGUCUCUCUCUAAGAUAUGAACAUGGCUUGCCAAGAGUGGACGUGUUUGUGUGCACAGCAGACCCAGAGAUAGAGCCGCCGGUGAUGGUGAUAAACACAGUGUUAUCAGUGAUGGCCUACGAUUAUCCCUCUGAUAAGCUCAGUGUGUAUCUCUCCGACGACGCUGCCUCGGAGAUCACCUUCUACGCUUUACUUGAAGCUUCUUCUUUUGCUAAGCACUGGCUCCCCUUCUGCAACAGAUUCCAUGUUGAACCCAGAUCUCCUUCUGCUUAUUUCAAUACUUUGUCCUCUUCCACUUCUUCAGAUGACCCUCUUUUCUCCAAAGAGUUGGCAUGUAUUAAGAAACUAUACCAAGAUAUGGAACGACGAAUCGAGGAUGCUACCAAGUCAGGACAAGUUCCCCGAGAUGUACGUUCAAAGCACAAGGGAUUUUCUCAGUGGGAUUCCUUUUCCUCUCGACGUGACCAUGACGCAAUUCUUCAGAUAUUACUUCAUAGAAAAGAUGCACAGAAUUCGAAAGAUGUAGAUGGGUCUGUUAUGCCAACUCUAGUUUACUUGGCUCGCGAGAAGAGACCCCAAUAUCCCCAUCAUUUUAAAGCUGGAGCCAUGAAUUCAUUGAUAAGGGUGUCUUCAAAGAUUAGCAACGGCAAGAUCAUAAUGAACGUGGACUGUGACAUGUACUCGAACAAUUCAGAAUCAGUGAGAAACGCACUGUGCUUCUUCAUGGAUGAACAGAAAGGGCAUGAAAUAGCUUAUGUGCAGUUCCCACAGAACUUCAUGGGUGUCACCAAGAAUGACUUAUACGGGAGUGAUCUACGAGUAAUUUCUGCGCUAGAAUUUCAUGGUGCCGAUGGUUGCGGUGGGCCAUUGUAUAUUGGAUCUGGCUGCUUUCACAGAAGAGAUGUUCUUAGUGGGAGGAAGCUCAGUGAUCAGCCCAAGUUUAAUGACUGGAAGAGUGAGGAUGACCCAUUCAUGGAAGCUAGCUUGCAGAAACAAGAACAAGAAUCAAAGCCUCUUGCUAGCUGCACCUAUGAACAAAACACACUCUGGGGAAAAGAGAUGGGGCUGCUAUAUGGGUGUGCGGUGGAGGAUGUGAUAACAGGAUUGUCUAUACAGAGCAAAGGAUGGAAGUCAGUGUAUUGCAAUCCGAAAAGGAAGGCAUUCUUAGGGGUGGCUCCAAACGCACUGGGGCAGACACUGGUGCAGCACAAGAGAUGGUCAGAAGGUCAACUUCAAAUUCUGUUUUCAAAGUACAGUCCAGCUUGGUAUGGUUAUGGCAGAAUCAGUUUAGGCCUUCAAAUGGUUUACUGCUGCUAUAACUUAUGGGCAGUCAACAGUUUAGCUACACUUUGUUUCUGCCUUCUCCCUUCUCUUUGCCUCCUUAAAGGCAUUUCCUUGUUUCCAAAGAUGUCAAGCCCAUGGUUCAUACCUUUCGCAUAUGUAAUACUUGCGGAAACCGCUUAUAGCUUGUUGGAGUUUUGGAUCUGUGGAGGCACAAUCCAGGGAUGGUGGAAUGAGCAAAGGAUUUGGCUCUACAAGAGAACAAGCUCUUACUUCUUUGCUUUCAUGGAUACCACCUUGAAGCUUUUAGGGUUUCCUUCAGAUUCAGGCUUCAUAAUAACAUCUAAAGUUGCAGAAGAAGAAGUUUCUCAGCGUUACAAGGGAGAAAUUAUGGAGUUUGGAGGCUCUUCUCCAAUGUUCACUCUCUUAGCAACACUUGCCAUGCUCAAUCUAUUUUGCUUUCUUGGCGUUUCAAUGGAUGCUCUUAUAAGUGAAGAUGGCUUUAUUAGGGUUUUGGAGAAGAUGAUGCUGCAGAUAAUAUUAUGUGGGGUUCUUAUUCUCAUCAAUGUGCCAAUAUACAAAGGCCUUUUCUUUAGGAAGGACAAGGGAAGAUUGCCUACCUCCGUGACCAUAAAAUCUACAAUAUUUGCUUUAAGUGCUUGUGCUCUCUUCAAGGCAUUAAACUAAAUUAGGUUCUUAAAUUUGCAUUGAGUAUGAUUAUAUGUAGUUUUCAAUUGUGGAAUAAGUGAGGUAUAUCUUGCUGUAAUAUUUGAUUGGCGAAAGAGGGGCAAGAUUAUUUUCUCAUGCGAUUUUAUAUAAAAUUCAUUCCAUAUGACUUUAAAGUGUAUU